GCCAGAGGACCACGCAGUGGGUGUGCGGUAGAGGAGACUCCAGCCCCAGAUCAGGAUCCAGUAGCUGUCAUCUUGGUCCUUCCCCACCCUGAGACUCACAUGUCUAUCUUCACAGCGAUUCCCGAAUGUAAACCAGAAUUAGUCUGAAUCAGAAGCACCAGCACCAGUUUUAGCUCUGUAAAAUACAGGAGAUGCCCAAGGAGAAUCAGCCAGUUUCAGUCCUUCUGAAAAACAACAUCUGCACAUAGGUCUGGAAGUAUCAACUGAACUUCUGUUGUAGAGAAAAGGUCCUCUCCUUCCCUUCCUGGAUUUUGUUUUACUUUGUUCUCAGCCUCGGAGCAGCAGUCCACAGUGAGUGCAUGGCUAAGAAUAAUCGCACCUCAGUAACUGAGUUCAUCCUCAUGGGCUUUACUGACCACCCCAGCCUGGAGACGCCCCUCUUCCUGGUGUUUCUCAGUUGCUAUCUUGUCACCCUUCUGGGGAAUGUGGGGAUGAUUAUUCUCAUCCAAGUGGACACCCAGCUCCACACCCCGAUGUACUUCUUCCUGAGCCACCUCGCCCUGCUGGACGCCUGCUACACCUCAGUCAUUACCCCUCAGCUCCUGGCCACACUGGCCAUGGGCAAAGCAGUCAUCUCCUAUGGCCGCUGUGCUGCCCAGUUCUUUUUUUUCACCCUCUGUGGAGGUACAGAGUGCUUCCUGCUGGCCGUGAUGGCCUAUGACCGCUAUGUUGCUGUUAGCAACCCGCUGCUCUAUACCGUGGCCAUGAAGCCCAGAAUCUGCUGGAGUUUGGUGAUGGGAGCCUAUGUCUGUGGGGUGUCGGGGUCCACCCUGCGAACCACGUGCACCUUCUCCCUCUCCUUCUGUGAGGACAACCGGAUCAACUUCUUCUUCUGUGACCUCCCACCCCUGCUGAAGCUUGCCUGCAGUGACACAACAAACGCUGAGAUCAGCAUUGUCGUCUUCGGCAACUUUGUGAUUUUGGCCAAUGCCUUGGUCAUCCUGAUCUCCUACCUGCUCAUCGUCAAGGCCAUCUUGAAGGUGAAGUCUUUAGGAGGCAGGACCAAGACUUUCUCCACAUGUGCCUCCCACCUCACCGCUGUGGCCCUUUUCUUUGGGACCCUCACUUUCAUGUACAUACGGAGCAGCCCAGGCAAAUCCCUGGAGGAAGACAAGGUUGUGUCUGUCUUUUACACUGUGGUCAUCCCCAUGCUGAACCCUCUCAUCUACAGCCUGAGAAACAAGGAUGUGAAAUCUGCCUUCAGGAAGGUCACUGGUAGAUUCCAGGUGUCCCAGAGUGUGUAG